AUAACUUGAAGAAAUAUGUUGAUCGACAUCCAUUGCGUGUGGAGGAGAAAGAAGUCAAGGAUGAUCGGAACGGGAGCAAACUUAAUUGGCGCAAUCGUGAUAAACUCUUGUUUGAUAAUGGGGGAAGUGGAUACAGACGAACGAAAUGUAUUUAUUGUGAUUCCCGUGAGCAUUCUGCUGUAAAGUGUACAAAGGUUUUGAGUGUGGCUGAUCGUCGGGGCAUAAUGAGGCAAUUAAUAGAAAGCUUGCUUCAAAUGUGUAUUACCAGGACAUCCUGCAUCAACAUGCCGUGCGCGAGGGUGGCACAAGUGUGGGAGAAGCACCAUACCUCAAUAUGCCGACAACAGGAAAAAUCGUGACUGGAUGUCUGGAUGGUAUGAACAACAGCCUAAUGGAAAAGAGUAUGAGUAGUACCCUUCAAAACACUUCAGCAAUUCACCCAACCUUACUCGCAAAUGUCGAAGGCAAACAAGUGCGUCUCAUGAUUGAUACAGGAGAGAGCAGUUCGUAUAUCUGUACUGAUGUUAUUACCAA